CGGCCGGGCGCGGCGCUGGCGCUGGCCCAGCGCGGCUCGGGUGUCGCGGUGAAUAUUUCACGGCGUGGGCCGGGCGCUGACCGCUCCCCCCGCGCCCCUUCGCUCUGCCCGAGCCCCCCGGACAUCCCGCGGCGUCCCGGGCCGCUUCCCCCCUCGGACCGCGCACACCCAGCCCGGAGGUGGGAUUAGGCCGGGCUUGGGCUGAUCCCCUCCCAGCAGCGCGGCUUUAUAAACCCCGGGCGGGCGGCGGGCGCGGCACCCGAGGGCGCCCGGGCCGGCGGCGAUGGCGCAGCAGCGCCGUGUCCAGCUGUCCACGCAGCGCCCCGCCAGCACCGUGUGCGUGCUGGGCACCGAGCUGGCCCUGGACGUGUGCGGCUCGGCUCCUCGGGGCGCCGCCUCCUUCCAGGCCCAGGCCACGCCGGGGGUGAGGCUGUGGCUGCUGCACGAGACCCAGAGUGUGAAGUUGCCCUCGAGUGUCACUCGCUGGCCCCUGGCCCCCGGCCCCGAGCUGCUGCUGGCCAUGGACGCUCCCAGCAAGGACGUGGGCGACGAGAAGGUCAGGAUUUCCUAUUUCCGUGAGGACGGCGGGGUUCCCGUGGGCAGGGCUCUGCUCUACCUCACCUGCGUGGAGGUGUCGCUGGACGCCGACGUCAACCGCAGCGGGGCCGUGAGCCGGACACUGCUGGACAAGACCAGCUGGACGUGGGGCCCCGAUGGCCACGGGGCCGUGCUGCUGGUGAACUGCGACCGCGACGAGGCCGAGGCCGAGGGCCCCGACAGCGAGGACAGCGCCGUGCGCUCCUACAGCGACCUGCAGGACAUGGCUCAGCUGGUGCUGAGGACGCGCGGGCCCAGCGCCACCUUCACCGGGCACCGCCUGCUGCUGCACGUGGAUUUCGGCGACGCCGACAAAAUCGGCGUUUUCUACGGCGGCAGCAGUGGGGAGCUGGAGAAGCUCAGGCACGUCCUGGGGGGCUCCAAGCUGUCCUACAGCGUGCGGCCGGGCCGGCACCGCCACGACAGCGUCUUCUACGUGGAGGCCCUGGCCUUCCCCGACGUGGCCUUCGCCGGCCUCGUGUCCCUGCACGUCACCCUGCUCGAGAGCCCCGAGAAGGGCCUCCUGGAGUCUCCCAUCUUCACGGACUCGGUGGUUUUCCGCGUGGCUCCCUGGAUCAUGACGCCCAACACGGCGGCGCCGCUCGAGGUCUUUGUGUGCAGCGUGGACGGCAACGAGGAGUUCGUGGCGGCCGUGGGCGCGCUGGCCGAGCGGGUGCGGUGCCCGCUGACCGUGUGCCCGGCGCCGCAGAACCGCCAGGACCGCUGGAUCCAGGAUGAGGUGGAGUUCGGCUACAUCCAAGCCCCCCACAAAACCUUCCCCGUGGUCUUCGACUCGCCCCGGGACCUUGGCCUGAAGGAUUUUCCUGUCAGGAGCAUCCUGGGCCCUGAUUUUGGCUACGUGGCCCGGCAGGCUCCAGAGGGCGCCUCCAGCCUGGAUUCCUUUGGGAAUUUGGAGGUGAGCCCGCCCGUGACAGUGCGAGGCAAGGAGUACCCCUUGGGGCGCAUCCUGAUCGGCAGCAGCUUCCCCAGGCUGGGCGGGCGCAGGAUGGCCAAGGCCGUGCGGGAUUUCCUGGUGGCACAGAAGGUGCAGGCGCCCGUGGAGCUCUUCUCGGACUGGCUCCACGUCGGGCACGUGGACGAGUUCCUGAGCUUUGUCCCCGCGCCCGACCGGAAGGGAUUCCGGCUGCUCCUGGCCAGCCCCAGCGCCUGCUACCAGCUGCUGAAGGAGAAGCAGGAGGAGGGCUACGGCGAGGCACCCAUGUUCCAGGGACUGGACAGGGUGCCCAAGCCGACCAUCAACGAGAUCCUGACCAACGAGGAGCUCCGCAAGUUCAAUGAUUACGCCCAGAGCUGCAUCAGCUGGAACAGGGACAUCCUGAAGCGCUGCCUGGGCCUGGCCGAGCCGGACAUCCUGGACAUCCCGCAGCUCUUCCAGGGUGACCCCACCCUGGGGGCUCUGGCCUUCUUCCCGAACAUGGUGAACAUGCUGGUGCUGGGCCGGCACCUGGGCAUCCCCAAGCCCUUCGGGCCCGUGGUGGGCGGGCGCUGCUGCCUGGAGCAGCGCGUGCGGGAGCUGCUGGAGCCGCUCGGCCUCUCCUGCACCUUCAUCGACGACUUCUUCUCCUACCACGCGCUGUCGGGGGACGUGCACUGCGGCACCAACGUGCGCCGCAAGCCCUUCGCCUUCAAGUGGUGGAACGUGCUGCCCUGACGGCACCGCCUGUCCCCUCCCGUCCCCUCCUCCUGUCCCCUCCUGUCCCCUCCCGUCCCCUCCCGUCCCCGCCUGUCCCCUCCCGUCCCCUCCUCCCCGCCCCGCCCUGCCGAGCGCUCCGGUGGAUGAAUAAACCCGGGCUGCGGCUGCGGGGGCUCUGCGGGGCUUUCCCAGCGCUGGGAGAACCUGGACUGGUUAAACUGGUGGGGAAUGGGGGCGGGCGGGGCUGCGGUGCCGAGAUCCACGUGGGGAAAGCACACAGGGAAUCAGGGAAACGGGGAGCGACGGAAUCAGGGAAUUAUGGAAUCAGGGAAUUACAGAAUCACGGAAUUAUGGAAUCAGGGAAAUAUGGAAUCAUGGAAUUACAGAAUCAGGGAAUUAUGGAAUUAUGGAAUUAUGGAAUG